CUAAAUUCUCUGGGACCUGCCGAUCUUCUGGAGUUGAGUGGGUGAUGCAACUGUCCCCCACAGGGGCCGGACAGCCUUACGGGUUGCAGGCAGUGGCGACGGAGGUGCUGCCAUAGGCACAUAACCCCGUUUAGGCUAGGGCGCGAGCAGGCGUGGAUUCCAGAGGCCUUGGUUGCCCGGACCGGGCCUUAGGCUCGGAGUGUGGGAGGGCGCUGCCAGGGCUGACCGCUGCAGGGGUGGUGGCGGAGGAGCUGUGUUGGAGUCUCUUUUGAAACUCUAAGGACCCAGGGGUUCCCAGAACAUAGUUUUUAAAGGGGAUUGGAAAUCAGGACAGGAUGAGGAGCAGAAGUAAUUCUGGGGUGCAACUGGACGGCUAUGCUAGGCUGGUGCAUCAGACCAUCCUGUGUCAUCAGAAUCCAGUAACUGGCCUGCUUCCAGCCAGCUCUGAGCAGAAGGAUGCCUGGGUCCGGGAUAAUGUGUAUAGCAUCUUGUCUGUAUGGGGUUUGGGCCUGGCCUACCGUAAGAAUGCAGACCGAGAUGAGGAUAAGGCGAAGGCCUAUGAAUUGGAGCAGAGUGUAGUGAAGUUGAUGAGGGGACUGCUGUACUGCAUGAUGAGACAGGUUGAUAAAGUAGAAUCCUUCAAGUAUAGUCAGAGUACCAAGGAUAGCCUUCAUGCCAAAUAUAACACCAAAACUUGUUCAACUGUCGUGGGUGAUGACCAGUGGGGACAUUUGCAGUUGGAUGCUACUUCUGUAUACCUGCUCUUCUUAGCACAAAUGACUGCCUCAGGACUUCAUAUCAUCCACAGUCUAGAUGAAGUCAAUUUCAUACAGAACCUUGUAUUUUACAUUGAAGCAGCAUAUAAAACUGCUGACUUCGGGAUAUGGGAACGUGGAGACAAGACCAACCAAGGUAUCUCAGAAUUGAAUGCCAGUUCAGUUGGCAUGGCAAAGGCAGCCCUGGAAGCAUUAGAUGAACUUGAUCUCUUUGGGGUGAAAGGUGGGCCCCAAUCAGUUAUCCAUGUCCUGGCUGAUGAAGUUCAACACUGUCAGUCUAUCCUUAGUUCUAUACUCCCGCGGGCUUCCACAUCUAAAGAGGUUGAUGCAAGUCUACUUUCAGUUAUUUCCUUCCCAGCCUUUGCUGUAGAGGACAUUCAGUUGGUGGAACUCACCAAACAGGAGAUCAUCACCAAGCUUCAGGGUCGUUAUGGUUGCUGUCGCUUUCUCCGAGAUGGAUAUAAAACUCCUAAAGAGGAUCCCAAUCGUCCAUACUAUGAACCAGCUGAGUUGAAGUUAUUUGAAAAUAUUGAAUGUGAAUGGCCAUUGUUCUGGACUUAUUUUAUUCUCGAUGGAAUCUUCAGUGGCAAUGCAGAUCAGGUCCAGGAGUAUAGAGAGUCUCUUGAAGCUCUCCUCAUCAAGGGUAAAAAUGGAAUUCCUCUUCUGCCAGAGCUGUACAGUGUUCCUUCUGACAAGGUUGAUGAAGAAUAUCAAAAUCCUCAUACUGUGGACCGAGUGCCCAUGGGAAAAUUGCCUCAUAUGUGGGGACAGUCUUUGUAUAUCUUAGGAAAUUUGAUAGCAGAGGGUUUUUUAGCUCCUGGAGAAAUUGAUCCCCUGAAUCGUAGGUUUUCUACUGUACCUAAGCCAGAUGUUGUGGUUCAAGUUUCUAUUCUUGCAGAAACAGAAGAAAUAAAGUCAAUUUUGAAAGACAAAGGAAUUGAUGGGGAGACCAUUGCUGAAGUAUAUCCCAUUAGAGUGCAGCCAGCUCGUAUUCUCAGCCACAUUUAUUCCUGCCUAGGAUGCAACAGUAGAAUGAAACUCAGUGGUCGACCUUAUAGACACAUGGGAGUCCUUGGAACUUCAAAACUCUAUGACAUUCGGAAAACUAUCUUUACCUUUACUCCACAGUUUAUAGACCAACAACAGUUUUAUCUGGCUCUGGACAAUAAGAUGAUAGUGGAAAUGCUUAGAACAGACCUCUCCUACCUUUGUAGUCGCUGGAGGAUGACAGGUCAACCUACCAUUACCUUACCCAUCUCACAGACCAUGCUUGAUGAAGAUGGAAUCAGCUUGAAUUCAAGUAUACUGGCAGCACUCCGAAAAAUGCAAGAUGGCUAUUUUGGUGGGGCAAGGAUUCAAAUUGGUAAGCUGUCAGAGUUUUUGACAACAUCUUGUUGCACACAUUUGAGUUUUAUGGAUCCUGGGCCUGAAAAUAAGCUGUACAAUGAGGAUGCUGAUGACAGUUACAGUGAGCUGGAAUCUGAUGACUGGAUAAACAGCUGUGAUCCAACCAGUAAUGCGAAUUCUGGUUAUGAAGUUGCUCGUUAUUUAGAUCACAUUUUAGCACACACUACUCCCCAUCCUAAGAAAGACCCUGCUUCUCAGAAGGAAAAGCUAAAUCAGUAUGGAACUGCUGAACAACCAACAUGUGACUUAAAGUUCUUGAUAACUGAGGGCAAGGAGCUACAUGCACAAAAUAUAUGUUGUCCUACAAAGAUAUCUCAGUCUUCGUGGUCUGCCUUCAAAUUGCUUGAUUCACCGCAUUCCCCACCAGAGAACCAGGUGCCCUCUGCUCAUGUAAAACUACACCUUCCUAGGGAUGAAUCUGGGGAGGUGGACUUCAAAGCACUGGUUUUACAGUUGAAGGAGACUUCAAGCCUUCAGGAGCAAGCUGAUAUCCUCUGCUUGCUAUAUGCAAUGAAAGGACCUGACUGGGACAUUGGAUUUUAUGAUACAGGGAGCAUAACUGUAAAAGAGCUGCUUACUGAACUAUAUGGAAAAGUUGGGGAAAUUCGUCACUGGGGUCUAAUCCGAUACAUCUCAGGAAUCUUAAGGAAGAAGGUGGAAGCACUUGAUGAGGCUUGCACAGACCUUCUCUCCCACCAGAAACAUCUCACAGUGGGACUGCCUCCAGAACCUAGAGAAAAGACCAUUUCUGCACCUCUGCCCUAUGAAUUACUCACCCAACUGAUAGAUGAAGCCAGUGAAGGGGACAUGAACAUUUCAAUUCUUACACAGGAAAUAAUGGUGUAUCUCGCCAUGUAUAUGCGGACUCAGCCUGGCCUUUUUGCUGAAAUGUUUCGACUUCGAAUUGGUCUGAUCAUACAAGUUAUGGCUACAGAAUUGGCCCACUCCCUCCGAUGCUCGGCUGAGGAAGCCACAGAAGGUCUGAUGAAUCUAAGUCCAUCAGCCAUGAAGGACCUGCUACAUCAUAUUCUCAGCGGCAAAGAGUUUGGAGUGGAACGAAGUGUUCAUCCCUCAGACUCCAAUAUCACCCCUGCUAUUUCUCUCCAUGAGAUUGGUGCUGUUGGAGCAACCAAAACAGAACGAAGUGGGAUCAUGCAGUUAAAAAGUGAAAUAAAACAGGUGGAAUUUCAUAGACUCACUGUCUCAACUGAGAGUCAGUCCCCUGGGACCUCUGUGACACCAAGUAGUGGGUCCUUUCUUAGUGUAUAUGGUCAAUUCACACCUAAAGAUACUCGUCAAGGUCAAUGGCAGCGCCGAAGAAGGCUGGAUGGAGCUCUGAACAGAGUGCCAAUUGGAUUUUAUCAAAAAGUAUGGAAGGUUUUGCAGAAGUGUCAUGGACUCUCUGUGGAAGGUUUUGUUCUUCCUUCUUCAACCACAAGAGAGAUGACCCCAGGCGAGAUUAAAUUCUCUGUUCAUGUGGAGUCUGUCCUGAAUCGUGUACCUCAGCCAGAGUACCGCCAGCUUCUAGUUGAAGCCAUCCUUGUUCUUACCAUGUUAGCAGAUAUUGAAAUUCAUAGCAUUGGAAGCAUCAUUGCUGUGGAAAAGAUAGUGCAUAUUGCCAAUGACUUGUUCCUUCAAGAACAGAAAACCCUUGGAGCAGAUGAUACCAUGUUGGCAAAGGAUCCUGCAUCUGGCAUCUGUACUCUUCUGUAUGACAGCGCACCUAGUGGCAGGUUUGGCACCAUGACCUACCUCUCCAAGGCAGCUGCCACCUACAUGCAGGAAUUUCUGCCCCACAGUAUAUGUGCCAUGCAAUGAGACCAUUGAGUCUUGACUGCUGGGAAGCUUUUGAAAGCUGUUCUCUGCCUUAGUUGAUUGUAUAUGACUGAAAUGUGAUUACCUGAUCACUCCCAUGAUGCCCCAUUAAUCCUAUCUCUCCAUAAAGUAAACUUUACUGGUAAACU